CUAUGGUCAUAGCAACAGCCAGAAAGCUGCAUAUCAAAACCGCAAACUGCCGCCUGCGAGUAGUGGGAGCAAACUCAUGUCCGCCCGGAGCAUCCGCUGGACGCAUCUCAAUCGCAGUUUCAGCUCCAUGAUCAUGGCCUCUACGCUCACCACGUUGGAGCGAGAUAGCCGCCCCAGGGAACUGGAUAUUGGGCAUCGUGCUGUUCGCAGCAGUGGUACGGAGCGGAAGCGCAGCCUGUUGUGCCGGGUAUGUUUCUCUGAUGGUUGCCUUGUGCUGUACCAUUGGAACUGCCGAGGCAGAUGCGUUGCUAGCUUAGCUGUUCACCUGGGUCUGCCUGCCUGCUGCUGCCACUGCGCACUCUAGGUGACUCGAGCUGCAGGUUGGCUGUUCUCGUAUUGCUCCUUCACGUCAACAGCCGAUCACAAAUGCAUUAUGGCUUGCCCUACUCGCCCGGACGCCUCGAAGGGGAGUGACAUACUCCGUACCCUGUACUCCGUUCCUACUCCGUGUACAGGAGGCUGAAGUUGCUGUAACCAGAGAGCCAUGUAGGGCUCUCGAUGAGUUAGCUAACUAGUUAACUAAGUUAUAUUUUUCCUUCUCGGAGUUAGUUCCGGUUGCUAUUAAUAAUUAGGUAGUUAUGGCGAGUUAGCCAGAACCUCGUUGCCGGCGAUGUUGUUGUUAGGUUUCUUUCUCCCUCUCGGUGGUCGACUUCACAUCCCCGAAUGGCCGGUAGAAGACGAGCAGACACGGAAGAUUCCCUGCAUGUCGGCCGUGUCGUUCCCCGGAAACUCUAGAAUAGUGAGCCAUGAUCAACAUCCAAACUCUGGGUCGCCAGCGAGUUAGUCUGAGAUUGCUAACAUCCUUGUAGCUGGCCAGGCAAGGCAAACGCGGGUUGAGCGGGCUCUGGGCUAUGGUGAACGCUUGCCAUCUCUAUCUCUCUUUGUUCCGCCACAUGGAGUAUGGACGGAUUCCAUCAUCUCUGAAGCUCGGCACUCGUUUGGUGCUGCUGCUGUGUGGCUGUAUGCCAACUAUAGUGUGAGUUUCACUUCCAUGCGCAAAACAGGGCUGUUGCUUGCUUUUGCCUCCUCUCUUUCUCUUCUCUUUUCUUUUUGCUUCCCAUUAUUUUAUAUGGACAGAAGAUAAGGGUGGAGAAAAGGAAAAAGUCGAAAAGAGAAAAGAGAGAAGGCCAACGGCCAGUUUGUCUGCCGUUCUGGCCGAAAAUUUGCAAAGGAUGUCACGUUGCUUCGAUUGAUUUCCCUGCAGUAUUCCAUGAGAAAGGCCGGGGUUAAUCUUCAUUCCAUAUCCGCGGCUCUGCACAUGCAAGGAGUUCUCUCAUCUAUCCUGGUAUAAAGACAACCAUCAUCAAAUGGACGGGAUUGUCGGCGUUUUGAUAUCGCCCAGCAGUCGUUCCAGGUUUGGAGGCCUGAACCAUCCCCAAAGAUGCGGAAUAUAUCCGCUGGGAUGUGACCGCCGUACAAGGCCAACGCCAGACACUAUCUUGUCCUUGGGCUGAUCUAGAACUGAUUAUACAGCACGAUGCCUUUGUCCAGUGCUAUGACCUUCUCAUACCCGGGGCUGAGAGCGAAUUCAGCUCCCUUUCCGUAGAAUCGCAUGUCACCGGAUAUGCAUCCUUCGUACCUGCUGACGACACAUCAGAGGUGUCAACCGGCCUAUUUUCUUCGUUUUCCAUUAUCCAAUAUACCAGAAUUGGCGUAACAAACGUUCCUUGUCCAGACUAGAAACGCCUUAUGCACCAUUUUGAGGGGGUUGCAUGCCGCAGAGCGCUUUUAGUGCAGGGUUGUUAGUUGGGCUUUAACCCCGAUUCCGAACCGUCCCACCACCCAUCCCCUCCUUAGUCCGGCAGCUAAUGAUGGGAUCGUGGCAUGAAUCUGCUGUGAAGUCUGUCGAAUGAUUUCUCCCUCUCCUGUUUCUUAGCUCGGCGCUAUACUACCACAAACAAGCUGGAGUUGUUGCGAACGCCUAUUCAGAAACCAUAGGCCAAUCAACCGAUAACUACCCCCCUGCGGCGAUUGGGCUUGUUCCGUUGUAGCAAGCGAGAGCACUCGUACUUCUCUUAAGAUAGGAGGGCUGAUAUCGCUUGACCACCUUGGUAAAAGCUGGGAUGAAGUGUGAUACAUGUUUGCGAAGAGACUUGUUUGUCGACAGGCUGAUACAUCCGGGGACGACAGUUUCUUAUUGGCCGUCAACUGCCGGAAGGGAGACCUAAACGGAUGUAUACGUGGCCUAUCAGUGGUGUCAGUAGGAUGUCCAUAUGGUAUGAUUGGACGGAGGUGAAUAAUAACGAACCAGAAAAUCUGCCCCCCAUGUAUCGGGGUUUGUGGAAUGCAUGAACAUGCAAUGUCUCCGUAUAGCUACAGGUGAGCUGUGUAUUGUAUACCGCGGGCUCCGUAUCUUCAUACAUGAUGGGGGCUUCCCCAUUGGAACCGGCUCAAGUAAUAUUGCUUUUUCUGGCCUUCCUGCACCGCUUAAUUCCAUGUCGAAAUUAAAAUCUGGUUCAAAUACACGCGCUACUCAACCGUAUACAUGCUGGGUGCAGGAGUAUCGUAGACGUCAUUGGUUUUUAUAUCCCAGCACUCUGGCUCAUGCAGACGCAGGUAACAUUGAUCCCCGACGAAGAUACCCAAUUCCACCCCGUAGAUCCCAGCAAUAUGGGCAAUUACCAGUCCAUUUUUGUAAGCGCCACUUCCUGGAAGCCAUUAGGAAGAUGUUUUGGUGAGCUUUCUCAGCAGCCAAUCCGAUCGACACGGUGAUCUUUUUUGGCGGCUAGGCUUAAAGUCUUGAGAAGAGGGGUGGAGGAGGAACAGGGUUGGAAGCAUUAGUGGCAUAUAACCUGCUAUUACAGCUUCCUUCUACCUUGAUGGUGUAUGGUGUUCUUGGGAUGAAGGCUUUGUUUGGUCUUUAGAUAGUUACGCCAGUAUCCGCUUCCCAGUGAAUUGCUUUCAUUCGGAGGACCAUGUCCUUCCGAACACCCUCUAGCUUUGCUCGGUAUCCCCGGGCUCCAUAAAUCAUGCAGGAAUUAGAGCCCUGACCUCCCGCAACUCAAUCUUGCCAUUACGGAAGCAAGAAAUUGACUAGCUGCCUACUAGAACGUUAGUGGGGAUAUUUGCAAGCCAGCAUCCGUCCAUGCGUAACUUCGGCCUCUGGUUAUAUAACAUGGUAACUAAGUUGCAGUAACCUUGGGUCUGUCGUGGGACGUUAUUUAUAAGCCUGUGACUUGGGUCAGAGGGGGGUAUCCGGCGUCAGGGAUGGCAAAGAGGGACAUACAU